UCCCAGAUGCCUAUAUAAAACCAAGACUCUUCUGGUGUAGACUAGCCCAAGCAGAGAGGUGAGACCAUUCGGUGCCACCAACAUUUUGGAGACACAUUAAGGUUGCCUGGCAGCUUCGUCCCUGCAGGAAGAUGUUCAAGCUGUGUGCUUUGAGCAUGGUUCUGUGCCUUCUGGCACCGUCUCGUGCCACCACCCCUGGGACAGUAGUCAGAGUCAAUCAAGAAGCACUGGAGUAUGUGUGCCAACAAGGGAGGCCGUUCCUGCUGCAGGGUCUGAUGAAAAUACAGAUCCCGGCUUUUAAGCCUGGUGGAUUUAUUUUGGGGCAACUUCUGAAUAUUGUGGGAAUCAAAAUCCUGGACGUUCAGCUUCCGCAUCUCUCUGUGAAGCUCAUACCCAAGACCGGAGUCCAGCUUUCACUCAGCUGUCAUUUCCACAUCAGCGGCAACAUCAUGGAGUUCAAGGUGGGCUCCUCCAUCCUGCUCGACGUCCGGCUCACGCGCAGCCCUCACGGCUUCCCCAUCUUGAGUAUCACCGCUUGCAAGUCCAUAUUGGGAGAUGUGCAGGUUAUCGUUGGAGGAAACAAUUUACUUGGAUUCUUGAAGCCUCUGCAGAACCACAUCCGUGCCAUCCUGAUCGACAAGAUGUGCCUGAGUGUCUCCAAUGUGGUUUUGGGGUUGAAUGCCAAGCUGGGCACUAUGGUUGACCUGAACACCAUCAGCCGCGGGUCCCACCUCGGGUACUCUCUGCUGGAACAGCCUGAGAUCACCAGUGAUUACAUCGAUCUAGGUUUAAACGCUGCCUUUGAAUUGAUGGGGAAGCCUAUAGAAGAUUCCAGCCCCUCGCUCCCUUUCUCCUUGCCACCCCAAGAGACAGUCUCCGAUGACUCCAUGAUGAACAUGGGAAUGUCGGAGCAAAUGUUCAGAAGCUAUUUUGCAACCCUGGAACAAUCCGGAGCCUUUAAUCUUUUCAUUGGAGGACAGUCGGGCUCUGGAGGCAUCCAACUUUCCACCUCUAUGCUGCAAUCUGCCAUCCCCUCGCUCUCAAGCCAGUAUCCCCAGGAUGUUGCCGUCGCUCUCAAUGUGGUCCUUGCGAAGCUUCCCGUCAUCACCUUGGUAGAAGGGGGAGCCGUGCUGAGCAUCAGCCCUGCCGUCCAAGUAGCCGUGGGCUCCUCCGCAUCGUCUUCCGAGACCCUCUGCACUCUGGAAGCUGAUGUGCGCUUGGGUCUCCAACUGUCCGUCACAACAACCAGCUUAAAGAUCGUAGUUGCUUUGCAGGGAGCUAUUGGUCUGGAGGUGGUUUCUUCCAGUGUGAAGGUGGAACAGGUUGACCAGUUGAGAGAGAUAGUUGUCUCUGUGUUUGAGAAGGCUUACCUACUUCAUCUGAAUGCUGUUCUGAGUGUAGGAGUUUCUCUCCCCAAGAUUGCCAACAUUCAAUAUGUCGACCCUGCCAUCGAGAUUCACAAGGGUUAUGCUCAAGUCAACUGUGACCUUGACUAUCUGGCCUGAGCGGAGGUGGAGGUCUGAGAGUGUCUUUCCACAACACAGUUUCUGCUCUAUCCCUUUGCAACUUCUAUCGCGUGAAGAAAGAAGGAGAAUCAACAUUUCUUUGCUGCAAGAAACAUGGGAAGCCUAAGGGGGUGGGCUGCAGGUGAGGGAUGGAGGCGGGGGGGGAAGCCGCACCGCAUUCGCUCAUAAGAUUGCAAUGGAACUUACUUCUGAAUCAAUGGAUGUGGAAGGGUGUUGCUUUCACCAUUGACUUCGUCUGAUCCUUGAACGUAUGGGCAGCAGUCCGGCUGGAAUUUAAGUCCCGCUGAUUUCCACGGCAGAGAGUUCAGUGCAUGUUCACAUUCCCAUAGAAACCAGUGAGAUGUACCAGUUCUUAACUUUAACAUGAAGCCUCUCCUGACGUAUAUGUUGCCAUUUCUCUUUAUUAAAACAUUCUCGCUCCUG